AUGAAUCCGGAACCUUCUGCACCACCUCCACCUUACGAAUCGGUGACGAACGUAAACCGACAAAAUCCAGGUCAAGAACGUAUGCCUAACUUCGAUCAGUUUAUUAAUCGUUAUGAAAUUAAUCCAAGUUUCGCUGAACGAUUGUAUAAGCUGAAAGGCUAUGAAAUCGUUUUUAUCUGCGAUGAUUCAGGUUCUAUGAGUGCACCUAUUGGUGACGCCUCCAAUCCAUAUGAACGUCAGAGAACACGCUGGGAUGAAUUGAAACAAACUGUAUCGAUCGUCGUCGAUCUAGCGAGCAUUCUUGAUUCUGAUGGUGUUGAUGUUUACUUUCUCAAUCGUGAACCUAUGCUGAAUGUACGUAAUUCAUCAGAUUUAGAAUUUAUCUUCGCUAUGGAACCAGAAGGCGCAACACCAAUCGUUCCUGUUCUUCGUCAAGUACUUAAAGACAAACGUAAUCAAGUCUAUGAGCGAAAUUUACUAAUUCUCUUAGCUACUGAUGGUAUACCAACCGAUGAAAGAGAACGUACAGACAUUCAAACGUUGGAACACGUGUUGAGAAAUGAACGUCAACCAAUCGAUCGAAUUCCAGUUACAAUUAUUGUUUGUACAGCAGAUGAUGAUCAAUCAAUGGCGUAUUUAAAUGAUUGGGAUAAAAGAAUUCCGAAUCUCGAUGUUGUUGAUGACUAUCGUAGUGAAAGACAACAAAUUCAAGCAUGUCGAGGAAAGAAUACUCCAUUUAGUUUUGGUGAUUAUAUCGUUAAAAUUUUACUUGGUAGUAUCGAUAGUUGGUUUGACAAUUGGGAUGAAACAAAUCGUUAA